CAGUCUCUAACUUUAAGGUUCUCCAGUCUGGAGACUCGGGUAAAAUCUACAAACAAACUCUGAAGAAGCAGAAAAGCAGACCAAAGGAGAGAAAGUGAAAGUGUCAUGGCUACCUCCAGCAGUCUCCUCUAUGAAGAUCAGCUCCGGUGCUCCAUCUGUCUGGAAAUUUUCACUGAUCCGGUCACCACUUCAUGUGGACACAACUUCUGCAUGGUCUGUCUCAAAGAGAGCUGGGACAGCAGUUCACGCUGCCAGUGUCCAGUCUGUAACACUGAAUUCCCUACAAGACCUGAACUGUCUGUGAACACAUUCAUCUCUGGACUGGCUGCUCAGUUCAAGAAGUCAGUUCAGGUCAAAUCCAGCAGAGCUCCAGAGAAACAAACCUCCAAACGUAAAAGGGUGAUCUGUGACUGCUGCAGUGAUAAAAAGCUGGAGGCUCUGAAAUCCUGUCUGGACUGUGGAGUCUCUUACUGUGAGACUCACCUAGCACUUCAUAAAACCACACCUAAACUGAAGAAGCACAAACUGCUGGACCCUGUGGAGAACCUGGAGGACUACAUCUGCCAGAAACAUGAGAUACCCCUGGAGCUGUUCUGUAGAGACGACCAGACGAGUGUAUGUCAGUUCUGCACUGAGACAGACCACAAGACUCACAGCACUGUUCCUAUAGAGGAGGAGAGUGGAGAGAGGAAGACUCAGCUGGUGAAGAUACAGAGAGAAGUUCAGCAGAAGAUCCAGAACCGACUGAAGAAGAUUGAGGAAAUCACACACUCUGUAGAGCUCAGUAGAAACUGAGUAGAAUUCAGCAAUAUGCAGUGGAUGUGACUCUGGAUCCUGAUUCAGCUCAUUGCCUCCUCAUUCUGUCUGAUGAUGGAAC